GCUGAGGCAAAAGUUGGACGCUCAGAUCAGGGACGCCUCUAUUACAAGUGCAAGCACUCUGAUAAGUGCAAGUUUGAUGUGCGUGCAUCUUGUCACGGUGGAGGGAUGUGAGGAGUGCAUAAGUUUAAAGAGCACUCUUGCCAAGGGGAAUUGGGCAUUUUGAAACGAAUAAAGGUACACUCGAAUGUGGUUGCAGCUUAUGUGGAAAAAAGAAUACGCGAUGAUGGAGAGGUCAUUAAGCCGAAAUCUAUUAUGGCGGAGUUGUUACGUGAAUUUGGAGUCAGAAUCAAAUAUGAUGUCGCGCUGCGUGCAAGAAAUCUCAGCUUAUUAGAGAAGAUAUACGGUCGAAUUGAUGAUUCGUUCCUUCUUCUGCCAAAAUAUUUGUAUGCCCUAAGGCAAGCGAAUCCAGGCACCUUGACGGGUUUGGAAGUAGACGAAAACAACCGGUUCAAACAUCUGUUUGUUGCUCUUGCGGCUUCCACCUCACCUUUCUUCUUUUCUCUUCGACCAGUGAUUGUGCUCGACGGUACACACUUGAAGGGGAAGAACAAUGGUAUUUUGUUCAUCGCCGUGACAAAAGAUGGAAAUGAGCAAGUUUUUUCGUUGGCAUUCGGUGUCGGGCCGAUCGAGAAUGAUGAGUCAUGGAAGUGGUUCCUGUCACAUGUGAGACAAACUUUCGGGCAGCCCGACAACUUACUAGUUGUCUCUGAUGCGCAUGUCUCCAUUGCAAAUGCUGUGAAGAGCGAGUUACCAAAUGCUACUCAUGGUCUUUGCUACUACCACUUGCAGAACAAAAUUAAGGGCUACGGGCAAGCUGUUGUUGAGCUUUUCCGCCAGGCUGCAUACACCUACGAGGACUCCGAAUUUUCACGUGCAAUGUCGGCUAUGGCUCAAUUGAAGCCGGCGGCGUACGGGAAGUUGAUGCGCGUAGGCCCUGAAAAGUGGGCACGAUCACAAUGUCCGGUGACCCGUUAUAGUUUUCUUACAUCUAAUGCUGCCGAGGCUUUGAAUGCCCGUUUGUUGUGGGCCAGACGCUUGCCUAUAUGCUCCAUGCUGGAGGCAAUCAGGAUGGUUCUGGAGCAGUGGUUCAAUGACAGACUUGCGUCUGCGGAAGAAAGCGAGGAUCUUCUUACUCUAGAGGCAACACAAGAGAUAAGUGCGGAGAUUUCAAAGAGUCGUCGUUACACUGCGAAGAGGACCUCCGAGAGAAAAUACAGGGUUCGUGCUGGUGAUCGUCGCUUCAUGGUUGACCUUCAAACGCGAAGCUGUGAAUGCAAUGAAUUCAACCUGGACGGCAUGCCGUGUUCUCAUGCGAUCGCAGCCAUUACUGAGGCGAACGAGCCAGUGGAAGAUUACGUCAAAGAUUACUACAAGCGGAGUUCACUGGUUCAAACAUACUCCGGUUCAGUAAAUCACUUGCCUCCCUUAGAGCAUUGGGAAAUUCCGUUUGAAAUUGCAACUGAUAUUGUUUUGCCAAAUCUUUCUCGGCGACAAGCUGGUCGACCAAGAGAAUCUAGAAUUCCUUCAGCUGGUGAGAGGCCGACGCAGAGGACUACUACAGCGGAUGCAUCAAGUAGUCGAAAAAAACGAGCACCCAAAAGUCGUGGUCUAUGUGGCUCGCCUGGCCACACACGUAGAGCAUGCAAGGGUACGGAAUGGGAGCAGUAGUUUAAUUUCGAUGGGUACUGAUGUUUUUUCAUUCCAGUAAUUGAUGUGCUGAAGUUGGCAGCAUUGGAUUCAAUAUUUUUCGAUGCGAUAUCACUUGCAUAAUAUCUAUGAACUACCAAAAACAACAAAAUUUUUAGUAACCGCCAUAAAUUCAUUUUUUAGCAUCAGUAGCCGCCCAGAAAAAAAUUCCGCGGCUACUGGGCGCGGGUAAUCAUUUUAUGGCGGCUACUGCAAAUUUUAGCAUUCUUUUGAUGUUUUAGAAGCUGUUAGGCUGUUUGAUUUGAAAUAUUUGAAGCAGAAAACACACGCAUUUAGUAAUGACCAACAUGAACAUGUCUUAACAAUUAUGAGUUGAAAUUAUGAAUGAGACUUUGGAGAAGUGAACAAUGUUUUAUAUAAAAGUUAAGUAAAUAACAUAACAUAACCUGAGAUAGUUUGGUUAUGCAUUAAACUAUAAAAUAAGAUGAAAUAUCCAAGUA